AUGACACUGCUGUUACAAAUAUUUACAAUUGUAUAUGCAGCCCACUUUGUCAUUGGAUUCGCAACCAAUUGGCACAAAAAAUAUAUAUUAGAGACGCAUAACUUUUGUAAUAAUGUUAAUAAUUGGGGUCUGUGUCAUAUAAAGAUGAAUGCCUGUGUAAAAUCCAUUGGAGAUAUGAUGCGCGAAUGUGCUAUGAAUGACGUCUCAAUACCGGAUUCUGCUCAUCUAAUUCCUAGUAUUGAGACAGAUAUUCUCAAAGCUAAGAUUAAGAGGGCAAAACAAACUAAAGGGCUAAUCGAACCACCAAAAUAUUGCAUUACUGGCAGUAUCGACGGUCCUAGUAAUCAUGCCCAAGGAAUACAUAAACUAGUAGAGCAGUAUAACGAAAAUAUGCUAAAUGGUAACGGUAGAAUGGAUUUUUAUGAACCAAGGGGACUUAGGGAAAUUAAUGUAUGGGACAAAGAUAUGACUUUUGAAGUAUUUCCAGUUCUCUUGGAUGAGGGAGCACCUAUAAGUGCAGGCCAAAUAGCAAAAGUGACAUUAGACGAGAGACAUCGCAGUAAACUGAUAGAAUCGAUGCAUUUCAACAAGAUUAUAGGCAUUUGUAUCGCAUUUAUCAAGAACGAUAAUCCACAAGAUCCAAACUAUACCCCAGAACUAGUUGAAUAUGGUUCAAUUUCAGAGUUACUUGACAUUAGUAAUUUGGACAGUGAGGGUGUGAUAAUUAUUCGACCAAUAGAGCGAUUUAAAAUAAUUAAAUUUGAUGCGACCCCUGGAGAUACGCAUAUGAGGGCCACUGUAAAACUCAUAAAAGACCAAUAUCAACCGCUACGCAAUCUAAGUAUUACUCUCGAUAAUAUAAAAGCAUUAUAUUCCCUAUACGACAAAUGCAACUUUCUACAGGAAGAAUACUGCAAGUUAACCGGCAGACUUGAGCAGAUGAAAAGCAUAGCUGAAAGAGAGGAUUUUAAUAGCAAGGUCGAUGGAAUGAUCUCACACAUUGAAUUCGAUCCUAACGAUCCUAAUUUGUUUACAUAUAAGGAAGUUUCACAAACCAGAAUGAGAAUCUUCGAGAUAAUCAGUUUUUGUGCCAUGGAAUUUCAUUGCGACGAGAACACUAGGAUUUGGGCCAGCAGGAUCACAAACACGGAAGAGAGAUUAAUUGCGGUUAGAUUGGUUUUGGAAAAGAAAAUGGCUGCCUUAAAAGCAGCCAUUGAACGAUUAAUUAGUGAGAAUAGGGAAAAUGCAACUUAA